GGUCUUGGCGCGCACUUCUAAUGAGCCAGCGGGGACUGCGCACCCGCCCUCCCUCCCUGCAUCACGCCACCAGUCAGAUCAUGGGGCUGCCCGGGAGAGCAGGGCACCCCGCGGAGCUGCGAAAGAGCCUGAAGCCGCUGCUGGAGAAGCGCCGCCGAGCGCGCAUGAACCAGAGUCUGAGCCAGCUCAAGGGGCUUAUCCUGCCGCUGUUGGGCUGCGACAACUCCCGCUGCUCAAAGCUGGAGAAGGCGGAUAUCCUGGAAAUGACCGUGCGCUUCCUGCAGGAGUUGUCAGCCUCCUCCUGUCUGGCUGCAGAGCCCACACUCGCUGACAGCUACCUGGAGGGCUACAAGGCCUGCCUGUCGCGCCUGGGCCGAGUGCUGCCCGCCUGCCGGGUCCUGGAGCCCGCGGUGAGCACCCGCCUGCUGGAACACCUGCGGCAGAGAGCAGACGCCACCACCCUCGAAGGCCCACGAGCUGAGGGCCCCUGUCUGCCGCCGGCGACUUCCUCUCCACCUGCGCCCACGCCUCCCCACCGCCCUGGCCUCUGGCGACCGUGGUAGACCUCUGGCCUACGGACCCCCGCUAACUGUGAGGGACCAGCGAUCAGCCCAGCACCCUGUAUCAGACCGGAACCAGGAUGUUUGUGUUAGGUGUGGCAUACUAGAGAGCCAGGGCAUCUGGAAGGAAUAAGGACAGAGGCCCGCCUUGCUGCCAGGCAGGGAGGGAGAAGAAGAAAGGGCAGGAGGUUGUAGAAGGAGGAAGAAGUCUCUCUCCAGUUCUCCUCACCCCCUCCACCACAUCUGGUGACUCUAGGACUGCGCCUGCCACACUUGCCCAGUGCUGGCACCAGACGUGCUUGGAAACCUCUGGACACAUGCAGCAGCAAUGGUCUGAAGAUUCUGUAGCCUGUGAAGCUGUCACCUUCAUCCUGGGUUCUUCUGCACUGCUGUCACCCACUACAGGAACAGAAGACACUCUGUGCUGCCAGGGCGUAGUACUCUGGUAGGUAUCCCUGAGAAGGAUCUUGUGGUACCUACAUACCACACACCAGAGGCACAAAGAGGGGUGGAAUGAAAACAAGGGUGCCUCUUUGCAAGCUUACCACUUUGGGGAACCUGGGCCCAGUAGACAGUGUAGGGAACAGGCCCAAUGACCCAGCAAAACCCAAGAGCUACCAGCUGGUUAAGGUUUUCUCCUGCAUGGGCUACUGGGACCAACUUGCUCUUCAGACCUUGCUUUCUUCCCCACAGGAGCCAGGAGAGCCUGUAGACUCCAGUAGUCGGUGCCCAAAGCUGCUGUUGGUUUUGUCCCCCACCCCAUUUCAUGGGAAUUUGUUGAGCAUUUGUGGCAGGUUGGGAGUAUCUCCACCCUCCACUCCCUACCAGUUUUCAGUCCAGCAGCAUGGGGUAUGAGGGGUAAGAAGACAGAGCUGAUCAGAGCUGGGGGUGCUAUGCCACAUAAACUUACUGUGUCCUGUGUACAGAGCUGGGUAGCAGGAUGUGGGUAGCAGCUGCUAACGUUAUUGAAGAAGUUAUUAGCGUGGCCCAGAAGGUAGCCCAGUGGCUGGAGCUUCAGAUUUUCCAGCAUGAGGUCCCAAGUUUGAUCCCUGGCAACACAUGUGCCACAAUGGUGCUCUGAUUCUUUUUUUCCCCUCUCUCAUGAAUAAAUGAAUAAAUUUUAAAAGAGUAUUUAUUUAUUUGCUUCCAGGGUUAUUGCUGGCAUUCGGUGCCUGCACUACAAAUCCACAGCUCCUGGCGGCUAUUUUCCCCAUUAUGUUGCCCUUGUCAUUAUUAUUAUUGUUGCCAUUGCUGUUGUUGUUGGAUAGGACAGAGAGAAAUCAAGAGAGGAGGGGAGAUGGGGAGAGAAGGACAGACACCUCCAGAUCUGCUUCACCACCCAUGAAGCAACCCCCCUGUAGGUGGGGAGCCAGGGGCUUGAACUGGGAUCUCUACGCUGGUCCAUGUGCUUUGUUUCAUGUGCACUUAACUCACUGUGCUACCGCUCGACCCCCAAUAAUUUUUUUAAAUUAAUGUUUUUUAAUUUUUUUUCUUUUUUAAAAAAUGUUAUUUAUUUAUUAACGAGAAUGAUAGGAGAAGAGAGAGAAAGAACCAGACAUCACACCGAUAUAUGUGUUGCUGGGGGUUGAACUCGGGACCUCAUGCUUGAGAGUUCAGUGCUUUAUCCAUUGCGCCACCUCCUGGAUCACAAUGUUUUUUAAAUUUUUUAAAAAAUAUUUAUUUAUUCCUUUUUGUUGCCCUUGUAGUUAUUAUUGUUAUUAUUGAUGUCGUUGUUGUUGGAUAGGACAGAGAGAGAUGGAGAGAGGAAAGGAAGAUAGAGAGGGAGAGAGAAAGAUAGACACCUGCAGACCUGCUUCACUGCUUGUGAGUGACUCCCCUGCAGGUGGGGAACUGGGGGCUUGAACCAGGAUCCUUAUGCCAGUCCUUGCGCUUUGCGCCAUGUAUGCUUAACCCGCUGCACUACCACCUGACUCCCCUCAAUAAUUUUUUUUUAUAUUUAUUUAUUUAUUCCCCUUUGUUGCCCUUGUUUUACUGUUGUAGUUAUUGAUGUU